GCGAGCGCGUCAGACUGGGCUGCCCAGCUGCCCCGGUUAGCUGCUGCCGAGAACCCCGCCAGCGCUCCGAGCGUCGUCCCAGCUUCUCACCAACCCCUCGGGCCCCCGCAUCCCAGGAAGGAGUCCAGUCCAGGCCCAGCACCCGCUCUGCAAGGGGGACCUGCAACCCGGAAAGGCGGCGCGGAGUCGGGUACUGCUCGGACCGGGCCCCGGCGGGCCGGCGCCGCGGGGAUGUCGGAGGCGCGGAAGGGGCCGGACGAGACAGAUGAGAGUCAGUAUGACUCGGGCAUCGAGUCUCUGCGUUCUCUGCGCUCCUUGCCCGAGCCCACCCCAGCCCCAGCUUCUGGGCCUUCAGACGGUGGGAGCCCCCAGCCCUGGACCCAUCCUUCAGGAACAGCCAACGAGCCACAGGAGAAGGAAGACACAGAUGGGGAGAGGGCUGACUCCAUCUACGGCUCCUCAUCGCUCACUGAGACCCUGCCCUUGCUGGGGGACCCCAAGACCAAGGACCCAACCCCAGACUCGCCGCUUCCCGCCGCAGGGGCCCUGAGCCCUCAGCAACUGGAAGCACUCACUUACAUCUCGGAGGAUGGAGACACGCUGGUCCACCUGGCGGUGAUUCACGAGGCCCCGGCUGUGCUGCUCUGUUGCCUGGCUUUGCUGCCUCAGGAGGUCCUGGACAUUCAGAACAACCUUUACCAGACAGCACUCCAUCUGGCUGUACAUCUGGACCAGCCGGGCGCAGUUCGGGCCCUGGUGCUGAAGGGGGCCAGCCGGGUGCUACAGGACCGGCACGGUGACACUGCCCUGCAUGUGGCCUGCCAGCGCCAGCACCUGGCCUGUGCCCGCUGCCUGCUGGAGGGGCAGCCAGAGCCAGGCAGAGGACUACCUCACUCCCUGGACCUCCAGCUGCAAAACUGGCAAGGUCUGGCCUGUCUCCACAUCGCCACCCUGCAGAGGAACCGGCCACUCAUGGAGCUGCUGCUUCAGAAUGGAGCUGACAUUGACGCACAGGAGGGCACGAGCGGGAAGACAGCGCUGCAUCUGGCGGUGGAGACCCAGGAGCGGGGUCUGGUGCAGUUCCUGCUCCAGGCUGGGGCCCGAGUGGAUGCCCGCAUGCUCAACGGGUGCACACCCCUGCACCUGGCGGCCGGCCGUGGCCUCAGCAGCAUCUCAUCCACCCUGUGCGAGGCAGGUGCCGACUCUCUGCUGCGGAAUGUGGAGGAUGAGACCCCUCAGGAUCUGGCCGAGGAUCCCUUUUCCCUUUUGCCCUUUGAUGACCUGAAGAUCUCCGGGAAGCCACUGCUGUGUGCCGACUGAAGCCAGGACAGGCCCUGGGGCUCCAGGCGCUCCCCCUCUUCCCAUCUGGAAGCUGGAGCCACAGCUGCUACAGUUUGGGCCCAGGCUUUGUGCCCUUCUGGUGUCCUGGGGACUGCUGAGGCCAGAGCCUGGGGCCAGCACAGCCCUGAGCUGAGAGGAGGGAUCGCAAGUAAGAGAGCCAGUCUGGAAGGAAGAGCUUCCGGGUGGAUGGAAGGACCCCCUCAAAUCCCCAGAUAGCCUGAGUGGAGAAGCCUGUUCGCCUCUGUUGAAGAUGAUGGAGGCUGUCGUCUCGUCCCAAGUGGGGUUAGCCUGAAGCUGCCAACCAGUAGGAGGCCAUGGACUGUCCUGAGUGAGGAGAGACACUGAACUAUGAGUGAGCAGGGCCCCGAGGGGUUCCAUCUCACUGCUGAAAGGACGCCGAAACACCUCUGUUUAAAGACUUCGCUCAGAAGGCCCUGAAUUGAGCCUUAGGGGAAGGGGACAUUUCAAUAAUAUAACACUAAAACAAGAGAGACUUUUUUAAAGUGCC